CACGUAGACAGUACGUGGUUUAUAUGACGUGUUCUGUUCACGGAUCUUCCUCUAAUUGUACCCACGCUUCCGUAGGCACGCAUGUCCACGCCACAUCUACGAGUGAACGUUUCUCGACCGUACCAGCGAAAUCGCAAAGGGGACCAUGAUGACCGGAGAUAACCGGCGAGCCACCGUGCACAGAUGGAUAUCGAGGAUCAUCGUCGCCACUUUCCUCGCUCUCAUCAUUUUAAAUCUGCCAACGAUCUGCGAAAGCCAUGACUCCCACGAGUUGCCGAGUUACAAAUAUUCCAAGGAAGCCAACGAGAUCCACUCGAAUGAACAUCACGAUCACCAUCACGAUCACCAUCAUCAUCAUCAUCAUCAUCACAGUCAUGAUCACGAUGAUCAUCCACUUCAUGAACACUCUCAUUCGGCACAAGCAAACGUUCCGCGUAAGGAGCAUAAUGAUAUUAUUUUAAGAGCCAUUGGGUCGACCUUGGUCAUUUCUGCCGCACCUUUCUUCAUAUUGUUUUUUGUGCCACUGGACAAUACCAAGCAACGCGAGUCGCUACUCAAGAUCUUGCUAAGCUUCGCAUCUGGUGGCCUACUGGGUGACGCGUUCCUUCAUUUGAUUCCACAUGCGAUGACUCCUCAUGCUCAUGACUCUGAUUCAGAAGUGCAUUCACAUUCCCAUAGCCACCAGGAUGAAUCGGGACAUCACAAACAUGACAUAUCCAUUGGUUUAUGUGUAUUGUUAGGGAUAAUAAUGUUUCUAAUGGUGGAGAAGGCAGUGCGCAUUAUUAAGGGUGAUCACAGUCAUUCACAUAUUCAUCAUGAUUCUCAAGAGAAGAAAGAUUUAUCAUCAGAGAAAAAAGAGAAGAAAGAGGAGAAGAAAAAUAGUGGUAAAGCAAUUUCCAAGGUACACAAAGCACCUAAGAGCGAUAUCAAGAUUGCUGGCUAUCUGAAUCUGGUAGCAGACUUUCUGCACAACUUUACAGAUGGUCUAGCUAUAGGAGCCAGUUACAUGGCUGGAAAUAGCAUUGGUUAUGUAACAACAGUUACAAUAUUAUUACACGAGAUUCCACAUGAAAUUGGUGAUUUUGCCAUUCUAAUACAAAGUGGAUACAGCAAAAGAAAGGCAAUGAUGUUACAAUUAAUCACGGCUAUAGGAGCUUUAUUAGGAACUUUUGUUUCUUUGUUAGCAGAAGGAAUGGGUGAUUUUGCAACAAAAUGGAUUCUUCCCUUCACAGCAGGAGGCUUUAUUUACAUUGCAACUGUUUCUGUAAUACCAGAACUUUUAACUGCCACUAAGCUUUGGCAAUCAGUUAUGGAGAUAACUGCACUUCUUUUUGGAGUGUAUAUGAUGGUUCUUAUAGCAGAUUUUGAAUAAGGAAUACAUUUAGUAUAAAAUAAGCCGUUUUGUUAUAAAAUUUUCAUUUGAUUCAUUUCAUUCUUGCUCAUUAAGUUCUAAGAAAAUUGUAACAGCGCAGGGAAAGAAAAAAGAAAUUGGUUUUUAAAACAAUUAAGUUGGAUUAAGUAGGAAUUGUUGCAUUUAUAUUCAUCUUGGGAAAGAACAAGAUCGUAAAAUGAACUGGAUUGUGAAGUGUAUAAAAAAAAAAUGAUCUUUUAUAAUACUAUUAAUUUUAUAUUAAGAAAAAAAACUCAGUGAUUUUGUAAAAUAUAUAUUUAGAUAUAAAAAGAUCAUACGAUCUGUAUACUGCAAAAUAAUGUUGCAACAUAGAUUUGUUGAAUGCAACUGAACAGUAUGUUUGGUAUAUUUUUAUUACAUAAAGUAAUGACUUCAUAUACGUAUAUAUUUGUUUCUAUAUAUUUUUUGGAUCAUUAAUUCAAUUAUUUUUUUAGUCCACAUGUGUGCAACUAUAUUUAAUAAAUGGUUGAUAUAUAGUUAGAAAAAUUAUAUUUUAUAAUUUUAUAUAAUUAUUAUCAAGAUAAGUCUGAAGUGUAUAAUUAACAUUUAUCAAGAUUAUUAUAAAUUACAUAUAGAAGUACUUAAUUUGCUUUUUAUAUUUGGAGUGCCUAAAAUAAGAAAAGAUAUUGUCUGAGAAUACAAAUCCAAAUAUCUGAAUACGUACAUGUUAAAGGCCUGAUUGCAUCGACGUUAUUUUGACUUAAAUAUGUGUUUGUAUUUAGAAAGAUUUAGACAAAUACAUGUUUUUAAAUCUCGCUUAAAGCCAAAAUAACAUUGGUGCAACCAAGUCUAAAUAAGAAUGAACUUAACUCUCUUUAUUGCUCAUUAUACAGUGCUACAUCAUUAUGCUAGUUAUACAAUAAACCUUGUGAAUUUUUAUUUAUAACAAAGCCUAAAUAUAUUCUUUACGUAAUUAUUUUUUAUAAUAAAAAGAGAAAGAAAGAAUGUCUUAUUUCAAAGAAAUAUAUAAUUAAUGUAUUAAGUACUUCUUCAAUUAUUUAUCAAUAUAAUGUAAUAUAUUUGCGAACAGACACAAAUGACAUAUGAUAAAUGCUAAACAGUUGUACAUCUGUUUACAUAGCUUAUAAUUCAAUACUUUUGAGUUUAUAAUCAGAUAUUAAUGUACAAAUUCAUAAAAAUGAUAUGAAAUUGCUAUAAAAUAUGUUUUUCCUAAAAUAGAUGCGUUAAUGAAUAUACGUUGAUGCUACCAGAUUGAUAUUCUUUGUUAUAAGAUACUUUGUAAAGAUAAUAACUGUAAAUACAGUCUACAAUGUAUCAAAAUAACAA